CACCACCUCGCGUAUCCUGGGAGCGUUGCACUCCACGUGUCGGCGGCCAACACCAUGUCCAAUCUCUACGCUGCUCUCCAUGCUACACCUAGGAAAAAACGCGCCCCUGCAGAGCUGGAUGAUGACGUGCUGACCCCGAAGAAAUUGCGGACACUCCCUCCGACCCCACCUUUCACAGCGACGCGCCGUAAGCUGAAGACAGCAGAGACACCUCUUCCUCCUUCACUAUCUCGUCUGUUCAGCAUACAGACAGCGCUGCAACAGGCACUCUCGCACGCGCUAGCGACCUGUGCCGUCGCUCCCUCUGAAGACACUGGCAUCGUCCACAACGUGUUGAACCACCUCUCUUUGUCCACGUACUCCGGCUUCUCGACGACGUUUUGCGUCGACGACUUGAAGCGGCUAUGCUGGUUGUGGGAGUGGGACGGCCAGCAGGUUCCCCGCGAGGCUACCUCUGCGCAUACGGCAUUGAAGAAUAGUCAACGGAAGGGCAGCUCCGUCUCGCUUGACAAGUCUGCGUCCACAUCGAAGCCUGCAGUCAAGAAGCAGGCUAUUGACGACGAUGAUGACAAUCCGUUCUCAAACAAGGCCCAUCGGACAUCCGCUGAAAAGAAAGGAAAAGAAAGGGUGAGGCCGAAAGAGGCAAUUGCGGACGAAGAGGAGAAUCCCUUCUUGGACGAUAGUCCAUCCAAGCCGCCCUUGAAAGCACGGUACGCAAAGGCAGAAGUGGACGAUACCGAUGAGAAUCCGUUCUUGGAGGAACGGCCAGCAGUGCUCCCAUCCAAGGAUUGGACGCGUGGUGCGAUGGGCUUUGUGGUGAGCCAGACGACCCAUCUCUCAAAGGCCGCGCAAACACGCAUGUCUGCGUAUGGCAUUGGUAUCGAAGUGGAGAUGGACAUCGAUAAGGACAUGAGAGGAGGCAUGGCUGCGGUAGCCCGAUGGACUGCUGCCAGUGAAACUCGGCGGGAGGAUAUCCGAAGGAAGCUCGAGCGUUGGGUGGAGCUGCAUGCCGGGGAGUCCUCCAUCCCUACUAUCCCUUCAGCGGACCUCCCUUCGUUGCCGUCGGACUCGAAGCCCUCCACACUCACUCGCCUUCUUGCAUCGUCCUCUCCAAAGUCACCGUCAUCCGCCUCCAUCCUCUCAAGCCAAAUCUUUCCUUCUCCCCGGUCUCCCUUCAAGUCGCCUUCGAAAUCACCGAGCAAGAAGUCGCGCGAGUUUGCUAUUCCGUUUCCAGUCACCACUUCCAGCAAAGCAGGCACACCCUCUAAGAACACCAUUGUCUUUCCGCGAACGCCCUCUUCCUCCUCGCGAGUGCGCAGAGACUCAUUCGUCAGUCUGCUCACACCGACGAGUUCGAGGUCGCUUUCUCGAACCCCUUCGCUUACGCCUACUAGUUCCCGAUCACCCUCGCUCUCUGGACGGAGUACGCCUGCGGACUCCUCUUCGGUGCCGUCAACGCCAACACACCAGCGUGGAGCCAAUGCGGCCACCGCUCCGCAAACGCCUCGAAGCUCGCGCCGUCAAGAUGUGUACGAGCGCGUUCGUCAGCGGUCGCUCUCCACCUCCCCGACGAAGGAGUUGAUGAAAGAUGGGAGCAGCAGCAGGAUGACAAGGGAUCAGUUUUUAAAACUAAGCCAAGAAGAGAUGCGCAGAAGAUGCCUGUUGGGUCGACUCGGCGGUGUUGCAGAGAGUGUAUGGAUGCUCUUUUCGAAUCCAGGUAACCCAGCGGCUGCGCCAACUUCGCGCAAGCGUCGCGUGCUGCCUAUAUCCGAAGUCGCUGCAGCCGUGCUGAAGUCCUCGCCGGUUCCGACCUCCUUCGCCGAGGCAUGCGAGUCCCUGCACCUCUUGGCGGAAUUGUGCCCGUUCUUCCUGCGGCCACUGAACAUUGCGCGAGAAGAAUGGCUUGAGAUGCCUGCUCCGAGUGCGAGUGCCGAGGUAGAAGGGAGCGGUGGGAGUCCGAGCAAGAUGCCGAGCAGUCCUGGGCGGAUUCGAGGGAAAGAUGAAAGCGCGGAAGAACUGCGCACUAGAAGCCCCCGAACGGUGAAGAGGGACGGAAGCGGAUUGAGAGAAGUGAGAGAGAGGAUUCGUCGAGAGCUGGAGAUGGAUGAUUGAUUUCGAUUAUAUCUUUUGCGCAUUUACUCUUUAUCUCAGUAUAUAUUCCAUACCAUGUACCUUGCUCGAUUUGUGAAUCGUCAUGCGAUAGAUACCUACGGACUGUCUACAGAAGGCACCAUGGUGCUUGUUGUUAUAGGGAUAACAUGAUGGUGCUAGUACAAGCUCAGCAACGCUUGGGCACUGAGCACCGGUAGAGUUCUGAGCCCUGCCGUAAUGUAGAGAC